AUGAGUAAUCUUUAUGUCACUGAGCCUGCGACCAAUGGCAAAAUCAUCAUCGACACUACGGCAGGAGAGAUAGAGGUUGAGUUAUGGGGUAAAGAAUGUCCCAAGGCAGUGAAGAAUUUCCUCGCAUUGUCAAUGGAAGGAUAUUACGAUGGAGUGAUAUUUCAUCGAGUUGUACCUGGAUUCAUCAUUCAAGCGGGUGAUCCUACUGGAACAGGAAUGGGAGGAGAGAGUUUUUACGGCGAACCAUUCCAAGAUGAGAUACAUCCUAGAUUGAAAUUCAACAGGCGAGGUCUGAUGGGUAUGGCCAAUAACAGUAAAAGGCAUACAAAUACUUCGCAAUUCUUCUUUACAUUAGAUAAAGCAGAUGAAUUAACGAAUAAGCAUACUCUAUUCGGAAAGAUAGUUGGAAAUACCAUCUACAAUGUGAUGAGUAUCGGUAAUCAAGAUAUUGAUGCGGAGGAGAGACCGUUAGUACCGCCAAAGAUUCGUGGUGUACGGAUAAUCGAAAACCCGUUCGAUGACAUUGUACCACGUAUCACAGCAUCAGAGAGAAAAGCACAACAACAAGCUAGAGUAGAAGCGAAAAAGGAAAUGGAACAAAGAGAAAAAAGAGCAAAAGCGAAGAAGAAUACCGGUCUGCUAUCGUUUGGUGAUUCUGAGGAGAUACCGGAAACUGCAAUCACGGUGAAAAAGAAGGGAAUGACUAGACAAGAUUUGCUAGAUCCUGCUGAUACUGCUCCUGCCAAACCGGUAGAAGCAUAUGUGAAUGUGCCUGAUUCUCUGAAGAACUUGGGAGACAGCAGUAAAAGGGAAAAGGAGAAGAAGGCUGCCGUUGACUUGAAAGCAAUCCGAGAACAACAUGAACGUGAAAAGGCAGGAAGCAGUACCGCACGGCAAGCUGAAAUCAAGAGAAUGGAAGAAGAUCUUCGCCGUUUGAAGAAGCGUACGGGUGAAGUGUCUGAUUCGGACUCUGAUCAUGAAAGUCGUUCGAAACGUCGUAAAGGUCCCUCAGUAUUGGAGCAGGAAUUGGCAAGGUAUUCUCAGAAUAGAGGACGCGCAGCUGCCAAACAUAGCAAUAAGAGAGGAAAGAAAGAUGAGGAAGAUGACUUAUUGACAGAAAUGAGUAAAUUCAGUAGAAAAGUCGCUAAAGCAGGACCUGAAGAUGGUGAAGAAAGACCAUCAGCUAUGGCCAUGGCCGACGAGCAGAGGGGAGAAGACGAUCUGGAAGUGGAUGAUGAUGUAGCAUGGAUGAAACAUAGCCUGAAGUUCAUUGUGGACGAGAAGGAAUUGACGAGAAGGGCGGAAGAUGAAUAUUCAGUCAUUGAUCCGCGAGCGAAAGCCCGAGAACUUGCUGAGAGCUCAAGGAAGGAAAAGGAAAGUCAUAGGAAAGGUAUGCGCUCUGCUGCCGAUGUAGGCAGGAGGAGAUGA